CCUCUGCUAGCAAACCAUCCAGAUUUCCUCUUUGGCACAACACAAGGCAGCAACAACUAGCUAGAGCUACUCAAAGGCUCCAUCACAUUUCAAAGUCCUCUUUAAACUUCAAAGCAAAGCAGGCUUAGAGAUCCGUGCAAGCACACACAUAACCCAUUAGAAGAACUUAUUUAGAAGGCAGAUGGAUCGCGUGAUGAAGCUGGCGUCGGAGAGAGCGGUGGUGAUCUUCACCCUGAGCUCCUGCUGCAUGUGCCACACCGUGGCGCGGCUCUUCUGCGACCUGGGUGUCAAUGCACUGGUGCACGAGCUAGACCAAGACCCCAGGGGAAAGGAGAUGGAGAGAGCUCUCCUCAAGAUGCUCGGAAAAGGCCCGUCUGUUCCAGUGGUGUUCAUCGGCGGGAAGCUUGUCGGCGGGACAAACAGGGUCAUGUCCAUGCAUCUCAGCGGCGAGCUAGUCCCAAUGCUGAGGAAUGCAGGUGCCCUCUGGCUAUAGAGGAAUGCAGGUGCCACUUGGGAAAAUAAAAUUUUGUCGAAGAGUGUGAACUGUGAAGUACGUAUAUGUAUUUUCUUAGAAUAACCUAACUAAUGGCCUAGUUAGCGUCGAUCGAACAGGUUUUUUCAAUCCUGUUCCGGCAAUAGCAAGGCUUAUAGCUCGCUAGGAGCGAGUUUUACGUACGGGUGAUGUUCGUGUUGUAAUCCCAGUGCUAUUUGUGCACUCAGGUGUACAAUCAUCGUUUUCAAAGAGCUAGUUGAUAAAUAUAAACAGUUCAUUAUCAAA